AAUUUUUCUAUAAAGAUGCCCAAAAAAGAUGGGAGCAUAUUGCCAAUAUACUGAAUGCAAUUCCAGGGGCCUCAAAAGACUGGAAACAGUGGAGAAAGACCUGGCAAGACAUCAGAAGUAAAGUGAAGAGCAAAAAAGCUCAGAUAAGCAAAUAUCAAACGUGUACUGGAGGAGGACCUCCACCUCCACCAGCAGAUGUACUCUCCGAAAAUGACGAAAAAAUUCUGUGUUCUUUCUCCGUAUGUAGUUGUAGGGAGUGAAACGGUUCCAGAGACGUCUGUAAUACACUUUGAUUUUAAUCAUGAUAAUGAUCAAACACAAGAAAUUUGUGACGAUCAUACUGAUGAAAAUGAAGUCCACGAGGACCAUUUAUACACCAAGAAUAUAGAUGAUACAGAAAACCAAGAGAACGUGAAUAAGUAUUCAGUACCUAGUACUUCUAAGGAUAAGGAUAUAACGGGAUUUGCAAAAGCAAAGUCUAUUACAAAGGAAAAAAGAACCGUUGCUGCAACCAGGCUUCUGAAUAGUGCUAAUGCUACAACAAUUUUAGCUGAAACUUCAAAGAAAGACUUAGAAUUAAAAGAUUUAUAUUAUACUAAAAAACUAAUUCUUCUUGAACGACAGACAACAGCUUUAGAACAACUUGUAAAUAUCUUAAAAAGAGAUGUUUGAAUUAACCAUUGGGUAUUAGUUAUUUUUUAGUUCCUUUGCCAUUGUGAUUUGUUUUUUAGGGAACAAUUUAAAUGUAAUGUAUAUAGGUAUACAGGGUUAUUAUGGAGAAAGUGGCCAUACUAUACCAAGUGAUAGUACUAAUAAUUUUAAGCAACUCUUCAUGUAAACGUAGUCUAAAAUGCAUCGUUUCUGCGAUACAGGGUGCAAAAAGUAAAACUGAAGAUGAUUUUUAAUUUAUACUUUCGAGACGUUUUAAGAUAAAUUCAUAAAAAUUUGCACAUCACCAUAACAUUUUGCGUUCUUUAAUCGUAUGGCCACUUC